GCAAUUGUCCACUCACGAUACUGCUGUCGUCGUCGACGAACACGAACAUGCCGACGAGCAACUGCAAGGCACGACUUAGUUUCAUUCUGGCAGCGCCUGACGAUGGCGAUACCACCUACCGAGAUCCUUGGCCCGAAACAGAACACGAUGAUGAUGCAUCCCCGUACGACGACAACGCUCAACCCACUCGUGCUUCUUCCCGGCGGCUAGUUCUACCUCCUUUGUCCAAGAAGCUGCGGUUCAUUCUAAACGAUGUCGUCGCAUCCCCAAUCGACGAAACGAUCAACCCGAUGGCAAUGUGCUGUUGUUCCCCCGACAAACAAACUACAACGGUCCAGCAGGGUCUUUGCAAACACAAAACCAGCUCGGCACCGCCCGACGACACAUGUGCAAAGGAAGACAUACACGAACCUGAAACGUCCAAGACAUUGGCGUCGUCAAUCAAGCGAAGAUACAACCGUGAACGCCAGCAACUCCUCCGACGCCAUGAGCUCCACCAGCGUCGCUCGUUGCGAGCCCACGUCGAUGAGCUCGAGGCGACGAAGCUGCAGCUCCAACAACAGCUCAAGUCGGUUGUGCAGCCAAGCCGUACCCCAUCCUCGCAGUUGAAGGGUCGAGUCAUGGACUCGAUGUUGCACCAACAAGCACUGACGAACCGGUCGGCACAGUACGCGGCCUUCAUACAUGACGUAGCACAAUGGGCUUCGCGGCUACAGCAUGAAGCGCAAAUCGACAUGCAAUGGCUGCAGACCCACACUCCUCAAGCCCACGACGACUCGGCGAGUUGUCGACAUGUUCAACGUCCAACAAACAUGCCCGUCCUCAAGUCGCCCAAGUCGCUGUCACAUUCCCCCUCGGCCAAACCAGCCAUUCCCGCCAUCUAUUUCGAGGACUUGAGGCAGUUGCCGCCAGAGUCCCGCAAACGAAUGUACAACCGCCUCCGCCAACGCCUCUACCGACAGCGCGAGCUCGAAGAAGUCGACGCGCUUCAUGCCCAUGCGCGGGACCUGACGGACGUCCUGCGACGCUUGAAAACCAACGAACAUGUAGGGUCGCUCCAUCGGCUUCGGGGCGGAAAUGUGUCAACGACCAGCAGGACUCUGCAAGCCGCGCUGGAACAGAACGAGGCUCUCAAGGCCAAACUGCGACGGCAUUGUCACUUGAGUGCCCAACUAGACCAGUGGGUGCACAAUGUAUCAUCCCACGUGCAGAAGGACGUUCAAUUGUACUUGUAAAGACGAGAGUGUACUUUUCGUGGUAGUCGUUAUUUGGAUUAAGUUGACUGCGUUGCUGUAUGGGCAAGCGUUUGGUAAUA